UUUUUUUUUUUUUUUUUCCUGCAAAUGCUUCCAACGAUGCCUGUAUUAUUUCAUGAAAAUAAAAAUAAUUGGAAAAGAUUGUUGUAUACAAUUAUUAAAUCAAGACAAGAUCAUAACAAUAGCUGUGUUCUAACGCAUGAUCAAGAUGAUUUAUGCUGUUUUAGUGAUGAUAUAACGGAAGGCGAAAUCAUUAUAAACAUACUACAAAGAAAUACGAACUGUCUAAUCGAAAGAUGGAUCAUCCAUUUUCAUGCGCAUCAAGAUGACAUUCAGGGUUUAUUGGAUACCAUUUCACAUUUUAUACAUUCUAAUCCAUUAUCCAUUCACCAUGUGUACACAAUGAUUCAUUACAAGAAUCAGCUAUGCUCAAACUCUCAUUUCGAUCAGCAUAAAAUAAUGGAAUUUAGAAAAUUAGCUCGCUUGAAAGCUCAUCAUUUCAACUGUAAUUCAAUUUCCAUUCAACUUGUACUCGAUGAAACCUUAAUUAUUAUGCAGCACCACCAGCCUCCUAUCAUCGCUGUUCGUCGACUAUCAAGACUUUCUUUAUCCGCCAUUGAUCAAAUCAAUCAUACCCAUCCCAUGACGACAUCGAUACCUAUUCCUUCAACACAUACAAUGCAAUACACUACACAUCAUCAUUCCACUGUCGCUUAUUCAACUUCUCCCAUUCAUACCAAACCUUCAUAUUUAUCUGUUCCAUCAUCUCAAAGAAGAAGCUCACUCGAUCAUGGACUUUCUUUAGUCGGUAGCUUCGAAGAGUCUCUCUUCUCUGGUCGAAUGUCCUCUCAACCUUCAAAACCCAUCACCUUUCAUUGUCAGCUGGGUGUUUUGGGUUAUGACUGUAAACCAUCAUUGAAGUGCCCGCCACAUUGGUCAAUCUUGUUCCCUGCCACUUUUUAUGAUUUCCAAGAUGAUCAUAGUACUCCCUAUGUCGGCACGGUAGAUAUCCAAGACCAUUUGCAGUCCAAGAACCUUUCUGUGCCUGGCUAUCGUAUACCGCCCAAGGGUCAAAUCCAAGUCGUUGUCAAGAACCCAAACAAGACGGCGGUCAAGCUUUUUCUGAUACCCUAUGAUUUUACAGAUAUGCCAAGAAACUCAAAGACUUUCCUCAGGCAAAAGUCUUAUGGUGAACAGCCUGGCCAUCAUGAUGUGCUUCGAUAUGCGAUUCACUUACAUGUCUGUAGAACGGAAAAAAAGAGGAUUUACAUUUAUAAACAUAUUCGAAUUGUCUUUGCAAAUCGAAUUGCUGAUGCUCGAGAAAAGUUCAAGAGUAAACCAUUACCGAAUUCAUGUUUCUGUCCGAGGAUAAUAGAGUGUCUUUGAGGGCCAUCAAAUAAGAUUCAUUCACUAUGAGCAUAUAGAAUAUGUAUUAAACAACCCAUCAAUGCAUAUCGUAACAUUCCGAUCAAUAUAACAAAUAAACAUGUAUGCUUUUCUAAAUUUAAUCUAAUGCAGCAGUCAUUUAUAGAUAUAGUAUCUCAUCAAUGGUGGCCAUUGUACAUAGUAAUACAAUAAAAGAUGAUUCAUAGCAUGAAAUUCAUGCCCCAGGAACCUGAGAAGAAAUAUACGCUUGUGAAACUUAAAGCUGC